AUGGACAUAGCUUUAGUGGGUCCAACGGUGCAAAGUGACCUUAUAAGCAUCGUAUUACGCUUCUGUACCCACGCGGUGGUAUUGACAGCGGACAUCCCCAAGAUGUACCGCCAAAUCCGGAUGAACCAAGAAGACUGUCGGUAUCAACGCAUUCUAUGGUGGGAUGCUGAAGGGGAGGAACGUGUCUUUGAGCUGCAAACCGUAACGUAUGGUGUGGCAAGCUCACCCCACCACGCUGAAGGGGAGGAACGUGUCUUUGAGCUGCAAACCGUAACGUAUGGUGUGGCAAGCUCACCCCACCACGCUACGCGAGCUUUGAUGCAGCUAGCCAGAGAUGAAGGGCAGGAGUAUCCAUUGGCUGUGAACGUUGUGGAGCAAGAUAGUUACAUCGAUGACUUCUUAACCGGAGGAAGAUCGGUGGAGGCUGUUGUCGCCAUUUAUCAAGAGCUUUCAUCGUUGCUGAAGAAAGGAGGUUUCGGUGUACAUAAGUUCUGUUCGAAUAGACCCGAGGUGCUCGAUGUGAUCCCAGAACAUUUACACGAGAAGCUGGUCAGUUUUGAAGAAACGGGAGAGACCAAUACAAUCAAAACUCUUGGGCUCAUUUGGAACCCGACAGGUGACUAUUUUGGAUUCCAUGUACAGCUCUCUGGAAGUAAAGUUUCAACGAUGAAACGAGGUGUUCUGUCUGCUAUUGGAAGGUUGUUCGACCCACUCGGGUUUCUUGGGCCAGUAGUAACAUUGGCCAAACUAAUUAUGCAAGACGUAUGGCGCCUAGGAUUGGAUUGGGAUGAGCCCCUCCCAGAAGAUCUACUACGGAGUUGGAUACAUUUUCAAGAGCAGCUUACAACUGUCAAUCAAAUUCAGAAACAACGAUUAGUGGUACCUGGGAAAUCAUUAAGAAUCGAACUCCACGGAUUCUCUGACGCAUCAAUGCGUGCAUAUGGAGCGGUAAUAUAUACCAGGAGCAUUUACCAGGACGGAUCAAUCUCGGUCCAACUGGUCGCUAGUAAAUCUCGAGUAGCACCACUGAAAUCCUUAACGGUCCCGAGAUUAGAGCUCUGUGGAGCAAAGUUACUUGCGGAGCUAACAGACAAGGUGCUAUCAGCAAUGGGUGUCCAGUUCGAUGUGGUGAAGUAUUGGUGUGACUCCCAAAUAGUAUUAUGUUGGCUCAAGAAACCACCGACGACGUUGAACGUUUUUGUUGCAAACAGGGUUGCAUCAAUUUUGGAAACAACGAAGAUUAAUCAGUGGCAUUAUGUACCGUCGGAAUACAAUCCGGCGGAUAUCAUAUCCAGAGGCGAGUACCCGGCAAAUUUGUUACGCAACGACUUGUGGUGGAAUGGAUCACCAUUAUUGUGGCAAGCAGAUGUAAGUAUGAUAACACCAGAACCUUUGGAUGAAUCAUUAAUACCAGAAAUCAAGCAAGCGAAGAAUUUUGCUGUAUGCAGUAAAUUGCCUGUCGUGCAGUUCAAUAGGAUGAGUCACUACCGUAAGUUGGUGAGAGCUUGGGUAUAUGUCCGGCGGUAUUUGACACCCCGAUGCAAUCAAAAAUUAAAUAGGCUGAUCAGUGCAGAUGAAAUGAUUGAUGCAGAGAAGGCUAUCCUGUGUAUACUACAGAAAGAAGUGUUCGGUGAACUUUUGCGUAUUCUCCUACAUGCUCCAGAUAAACGCCACAACCUGAGUAAUCUUGCACCGUUUGUGGCAAAGGACGGGUUAAUUAGAGUCGGUGGCCGUCUCAAGUAUUCUGCCAUACCAUUCGAUGGCAAACACCAAGUGCUCUUGCCAGAAAAACACCAUCUAACAACUAUUCUUAUCAGGCGACUCCACGAGAUUGAGCCCAAAAAGUCCUAA